AUGUUCACAGAACUCAAGAAGUUCGGGAUUUCCCUGUGGGACGAGAUCCGGCACUUGUGCCGUCGCCCGCGGGAGGUCCUGCUGACGGUGCUCAGCCUCUGCUGCGUAAUUCUCGCAGCACUUAUGCUUUGGAAAGUCUUAGUGAUCGCCGCUGGGAGCCCCUCGCCCGUUGUGGUGGUGCUGAGUGGCUCAAUGCUUCCCGCCUUCAGUCGAGGAGACAUUCUCUUUCUCCACGACAAGGGACCAACCACCAACGUGGGAGACAUUGUGGUCUUCAAGGUGGAGGGCCGCGAAAUCCCAAUUGUUCACCGCGUGCUUAAUCUCCACAAAAACGCCGCUGGAGAAACUCGACUCCUCACGAAGGGCGACAACAACUCCGUAGACGACAGGGGCCUCUACGCCAGGAGGGGCCCGCCUCUAGGGGCCCAGAACUUCGCGAGACUUUCACUAAAAGGGGCCUCUUCUGCCUGGAAGAAGAGGCCGCAGGGGCGGCAGCCUCUGCUGCUGAAGGCGGCGCUUUUGCCGGAGUCUGAGACAGCUUUUUUGCUGGCUCCUGUGCCUCUCGAGGCUCAGCAAACGCCCCUACAAGGCGAGCUCCCUGCGCAGCUGGAGACUGCCGGAAAGCCGUGGGGGCGGGAGCUCUCGGCCAGUUAA